GGACAGCGCCUGUUCGACGCGGCCAUGUUAUUUGUGGGCAGCACAAUCAAAAUAAUGGCCGCUUAGACGAACGUGAAAUAAAACCUUCUUCGUAUGUCCGUGCUCUUCUAUCACUAACUAAGUUCCGAAUACGUCCUGAGGAGACCGGCAUUCCCUGAGCGCUCCUGGCGGUGACGUGUACGUGACGUCACGGGGCUGAGCUCCGGGCUGAAGGAGGAGGAAGGAGCAGCUGACGCUGAGCUCUCGUCUACAAGUUUUAAUAGGAUAAUCGUCAAGAAAAUCCACCAAAAUGGGGGAACUCUUCCGCAGCGAAGAGAUGACAUUGGCGCAGCUCUUUCUCCAGUCUGAAGCCGCUUACUGCUGUGUCAGUGAACUGGGAGAGCUGGGAAAAGUACAGUUUCGUGAUUUAAAUCCUGAUAUUAAUGUUUUCCAAAGAAAGUUUGUCAAUGAGGUCAGAAGAUGUGAGGAGAUGGACCGUAAACUGCGAUUUGUGGAGAAGGAGAUUAAAAAAGCAAGUAUCCCAAUUCUUGACACAGGGGAGAACCCCGAAGUUCCCUUUCCCAGGGACAUGAUUGACCUGGAGGCCAAUUUUGAGAAGAUUGAGAAUGAAUUGAAAGAGAUUAACACCAACCAGGAAGCUUUAAAGAGGAACUUUCUGGAGCUGACAGAAUUAAAAUAUAUCCUGCGCAAAACCCAGCAAUUUUUUGAUGAGGCUCAAUUGCAUCAUCAUCAGCAGAUGGCGGAUCCUGAUCUACUGGAGGAAUCCUCUUCACUUCUGGAGCCAAGCGAGAUAGGAAGAGGAGCUCCACUGAGACUUGGAUUCGUGGCUGGUGUGAUCAACCGUGAGAGGAUUCCCACCUUUGAAAGGAUGUUGUGGCGGGUGUGCCGUGGCAAUGUGUUCCUACGACAGGCAGAAAUUGAAAAUCCUUUGGAAGAUCCAGUGACGGGUGACAGUGUUCACAAGUCUGUAUUCAUCAUAUUCUUUCAAGGAGACCAGUUGAAGAACAGAGUGAAGAAGAUUUGUGAAGGGUUUCGAGCUUCUCUUUACCCUUGUCCAGAAACACCCCAGGAACGCAAGGAGAUGGCUGCUGGAGUAAACACAAGAAUAGAUGAUUUGCAGAUGGUUCUUAACCAAACCGAGGACCAUCGUCAGCGUGUUCUUCAAGCUGCUGCUAAAACAAUCCGAGUCUGGUUUAUUAAAGUCAGAAAAAUGAAGGCCAUUUACCAUACUCUUAACCUGUGCAACAUUGAUGUCACCCAAAAGUGUCUGAUUGCAGAAGUUUGGUGCCCAGUUGCUGAUCUGGACUCCAUCCAGUUUGCUCUAAGGAGAGGCACAGAGCAUAGCGGAUCUACUGUCCCUUCCAUCCUCAACAGGAUGCAAACCAACCAAACCCCACCAACUUACAACAAGACCAACAAGUUCACAUAUGGUUUCCAGAAUCUUGUCGAUGCCUAUGGCAUUGGCAGUUACCGGGAAAUAAAUCCAGCCCCAUAUACAAUUAUCACCUUCCCUUUCCUAUUUGCUGUUAUGUUUGGUGACUUUGGCCAUGGAAUCCUGAUGACACUGUUUGCAGUUUGGAUGGUCGUAAGAGAAAGUCGAAUUUUGUCACAAAAAGUUGAUAAUGAGCUCUUCACCAUGGUGUUUAGUGGCCGAUACAUCAUUCUUCUGAUGGGCCUUUUCUCUGUCUACACUGGCCUUAUCUACAAUGAUUGCUUUUCUAAGGCUCUCAACAUGUUUGGUUCUUCCUGGAGUGUUAGACCAAUGUUUACCAGCACAAAGGCCAACUGGACAGAAGAACUGCUUAAGAAUGCGCAGGUGCUGCAGCUGGAUCCAGAUGUCACUGGAGUGUUCAAUGGACCUUAUCCAUUUGGGAUUGAUCCAAUUUGGAGCAUUGCAACUAACAAGCUGACUUUCCUGAAUUCCUUCAAGAUGAAAAUGUCAGUUGUGCUUGGCAUCAUUCAUAUGAUGUUUGGGGUCUCGCUUAGUCUAUUUAACCACAUAUAUUUCAAGAAGCCUUUGAACAUUUACCUUGGAUUUAUACCAGAAAUGAUCUUUAUGUCAACUCUAUUUGGAUACUUGGUCAUUCUUAUACUUUACAAGUGGUGCACCUAUGAUGCUGCCACCUCAAAGAGCGCACCAAGCCUCCUCAUUCACUUCAUUAACAUGUUCAUGUUCAACUACAGUGACCCAUCUUUUCCUAUGCUUUAUACUGGACAGAAAGGACUGCAGUGUUUCCUGGUUGUAUGUGCCAUACUCUGUGUGCCUUGGAUGCUGGUUCUUAAACCUUUCAUGCUUCGCCACCAGUACCUCAGGAGGAAGCACUUGGGUACGCAUAACUUCGGAGGUAUCCGCGUUGGGAACGGUCCCACGGAAGAAGAUGCCGAAAUUAUUCAGCACGAUCAGCUCUCCAUGCACUCUGAAGAAGGCGAGGAGCUUGCUACCCAGUUCUCCAUAGCGGUUUCUUCCGCAGAAUUAGAUAAAGAGGAAAGUGAAGUUUCCAUGGUAAUGGUCAAAGCUUUUGAUUUUGGAGAUGUUGUGGUCAAUCAGGCCAUUCAUACAAUCGAAUAUUGUCUUGGGUGCAUUUCUAAUACAGCAUCAUAUCUCCGGCUCUGGGCCCUAAGUCUCGCACAUGCUCAACUUUCAGAGGUCUUGUGGACGAUGGUGAUGCACGUAGGUCUGCAUGUGAACAGCAUAGGGGGUGGCAUUCUCCUGGUCUUCGUGUUUGCAGCAUUUGCAGCACUCACCAUUGCCAUUCUCCUUAUCAUGGAGGGUUUGUCCGCUUUCUUGCAUGCCCUCCGUUUGCACUGGGUGGAAUUUCAAAACAAGUUCUACGUCGGAACAGGGUUUAAGUUCAUGCCGUUCUCGUUUGAGACCAUCAGAGAGGGUAGAUUUGAUGACUGAAAUCAACCAUUCAAAGUGUGCUCCUCUUCCUCUGUCAUCCUCUCCUGCCAUAGUGCAUUGAUGUAAAACCUUGCCUGUCCUUCACGCUUCAUAGACCCACAGUAGUCUUAUGAUGGUCCAUAGUUGGUGUAUUGUACAGGAGCCUCAAUAGUCAGCAGCCUUCCAGAAGUGGAGUGGAGGAGUAACAGUCUUGGCCACUAGAGGUCACCCAAGUCACUCUUCGUGGAAAUAAUAAAGCUUGAAAGUACCAUUGAUUUUAAUGUACAGAACAGAAGGGUUCUUUAUGUGCACAUAUCAAUGUUCUCCUUGCCAUCCUCUACCUCAAUAUUUUGCUCAGAUGCAUUCUUUUAUUAUGUAUUAUAUUGCAGUAAGUGAUACUUCAUACUUGUAAGAUCAACACCUAUGUACUUUUUGGAAACUUUGUAGAAUUUAGUUAAGCGCUAAAUCCUUAUCACUCCUUGAAGAGAUAUACAGACGCCACACGAUUCCAACAAUAACUUCCCUCUCAGACAUGGCCCCAGGAUCAAUUAUGUUAAAAAGUUAUAAGGCCUCAAACUAUUAACCUCUUGAUCACCCCAGUGGACUAUUGCUAAAUUCCCUCCACAUGAUUUUAUGAUUAUUGGAAGAAGCAAACUAAACCAAAUUCAGCAACAUCAUUUUUUGGUAUGUGGGGGUUCCCAAUUUUACUGCAAUUUACCUGAUAACAAUAGUUUCCGUAUAGUUUCUCCUAUCUGUUUUUUGUUAAUAGUGCACAUAUGAGAACAGCAUUAAAAUUUUCACUUUGGAGUGCUGAUUUGGGUAUAGAAGUGGUUCUCCUUAUUAAAGGGGAACACUACAUAAGCUAUACUAAAGUUGCAGUGUAGUUAUUGGAGGGUGAUGUGACUGGUUUCCUGGACGCUCAUGACAUCUGCCCCUGCAUUCUGUCAGAUCAGUGUUAUCAUGUAACAUGGCUGUGUAACCCACAUUGAGCUGCCUGAGACGGGGAGGGAAGUGUUGUCACAGGGACACAGGCAGAUCUGAACGUCAGCCUGUGAUAAUUCUGCACAGAGGUAAGAUAUUGGGAGAAAAUGCAACAUUUUAAACACUAAAGAGCUGUACUAUAGAUGUGUUGGUUGAUCUCCUGUACAAAGCAAGUAAAAGACCCAAUCCACUUUAGAGGAGGCUGUUAGAAAGGUUUACCGAGUACACACGUUCUGCACACUCUGAAGGUAACAAGCUUGUAAUCAGUAUGGCCAGUGACUACAGAACUAUAUGUCCAGUAAAUUGAUCUGUUUGUUAUAUUGGCUCAGCCUGUAAGACUUUAUCGCCAGCUUUUGGAGAUUGCGUGUAGAUUUUUACCUUUCAGGUAGCAAGAUCCUGAUCCAUCGUUGCCGACAACUCUCACUGUCCCAUGUAUGUUUACAUUAGUGAUUCCUCAAUUUGCUGUCAGAUUCCAAUGUUGUUGUUGCUGCUGUGAAUCAGUAAAUGAAGUCUCCCUGUGAUAAUAAACCUUUAAUUUAUGACAACCAG